AUGCGGCACAGGUUCGGCAAAGGCGUGCUGCUCACCGCAGGCUUCUCGCUGCUCCUCACCUGCGUCUUCUACUUGGCACACGAUGGCAUCCUGCACAACUCGAGAAUCAUCGGCUGGCAAGCGUUUACCGCUAUCGAUCUCCGCCCUUCUACCUCUCAAUCCUCAAAACCCGCAACCUCUGUAACGGACGCAGUCAAUUCUACUGGCUCUUCGCAUGCGGACGCACAGCAGUACGACGACGUCUACCCGCUCGAUCUGUACGCUCCUACGCUCCCCAAUCCCGCCCCCCUCACCGAGGUCACUGUGCAUAGCUGCUUACCACUGACAAAAUGUCAACCAAAGACGACGCCGGCGGAGGAUGCGUUGCUCGGCAAAUGGGUGCAGGUCGAGCGGAGUCUGAGUCCUGUUGGCCAGCUGGGGACGUCGGCGGGGGGAAUGCUGGCCAAUCUGUUCGGGAGCAUCGAGCAGCGGUAUAUCUUCUACCGCAGGUCGAGGCGCAGGGACGUUCAAAACGUGGUCGAUUUGACACUUGUCGAAGAAGGUCAGACGCCUCCAAGCGGAGGGGAAGGCUGGCAUAGGAUCAAGCAGGGUCUGCGGUCGAAAGUCGUUCGCAUGAUGUCGGGGGAGAAGAGUCUGCAUCUGUACUAUCGCACCAUCACCCCUGCUCAGCGUAUGCAGGAGAAUCUGGGAUUUUGGAAGCGUGGCAACGAAAGCACUUUGACCCUGCCGCGACAAGUGCCACAGGAAGCCAUUACAGAACUCGACCUCACAUACGGCGACAACCCACCCUGGCCCGGUUUCAGUGUCGCGGGGAUCGUAUCCAACUCGCAUCCGUCCAUGGCCUCUGCGCGUAUAACACUCACCUACCGCCGCAAACCCAUGCGCAAACCACCGCUUGUCCCACUCACCUUCAAACCGGACGGAACAUUCAAGAUCCUCCAGCUGGCCGACCUGCACUUCUCCGUGUCACCGGAACCGUGCCGCGACUUCGACGCCAAGGACCCGCGCUGGUCGGCACGCGGGUGUCUAUCCAAGAACGACACGCUCGCACUCGUCGAUGCGUGGCUCGACACGGAGAAACCGGACCUCGUCGUGCUGACGGGCGACCAGCUGAAUGGCCAGAGAACAUCCUGGGAUGUGCGCAGCGUGCUCUCGCUCUACACGGCGCCGCUGAUCGCGCGCGGGAUACCGUACGCUGUGAUCCUGGGCAACCACGAUAGCGAGUCCGGGCAGAUGACGAGGGAGCAGCAGAUGCAGGUGAUUGCCAAUAUGCCGGGCUCGUACAGCAGUGUGGGACCGGCGCUCGUAACCGGUGCAGGGAACUAUAUGUUGAAGUUGGAGGCGCCGGGGAAGGGUGGGGGGCAUGUGGCGACGCUGUGGUUCAUGGACACGGGUGCACGCGCGGAGAAGGAUCCGUGGAAGCCGUGGAGCAAGCCUGGGUAUGGGUACGUGCAUAAGGACCAGAUCCAGUGGUUCCAGGAGAAGUUUUCGCAGAUCAAGGAGGUAUUACUUCCCUACAGGCCGGAUGGUGCGACGGAUCUGGGGCCGCAGCAGUGGACGAGGGGCAGCAGAAGGAGCGACAAGGUGUGGGACGCAGGGGAUGCAGAUGGCGGGCAAACAAUGGGUCGUCCACCGGGGAUCGUCUUCAUGCACAUCCCCGUGCCCGAAGCAUUCAACCCAGUCGACAAAGGCACCCGCCCCCAGAUUGUCAACCCCACUCAACCCACCACAUCCUCCACCGCCCCCGACGAACUCGUCAUCGGCGACCGACAAGAAACCGCCACCACCACGGGCGCACAAUCCUACCCCGGCGUGUUCGACCUCUUUACCACGCUCAACUCGGCUUCCGCCCCGCAAGCCAUCAAGCUGCUCGUGCACGGCCACAUGCAUCUCAACUCGGACUGCCGGCGCGUCGAAGGCGUGUGGAUCUGCUUCGGCGGCGGCUCGUCCUUGGCAGCCUACGGCAAGCCGAGCGUGCAGCGACGCGCGCGGGUCAUUUUGCUCGAGGACUGGGCGAGUCGGAUUAGGACGUACCAUCGGAUCGCCGUGGUGGAUCCUAGCGAAGCGGAUAAGAGGUGGGACGAGUUUGUUCUGUCAUAA